ACGCGAGGCGAGGACGAAAACUAAACGAUUGCAACGUGCAGUUACUGAUUUGUGAUAGUAUUAAGUAUUUAUACGGUAUAUAAUUUAAAAUGUGUAGUCUUUCAACCCUAUUGUUUUUAGUCGGUCUUGUGUUAUUGCAAGUAGAUUCCGCGCGGAUUCUCUGUGUGUUUCCAUUUCCAGCAGUAAGCCACCAGAAUGUCUUCCAUACGUACAACAAAGAACAUCUCAGACGAGGACAUGAGCUGGUCGUCAUCUCUCCAAACCCAAUGAAGGAUCGUGCUCCGGGAAACAUCACAGAAAUCGACAUCAGUCAUACCUACAAAAUGCUGUUGAACCUCAAAAUGGACGGAGUAUUUGUUCCUAAAAGAGGAGUUAUCACUACCAUGGACAGUCUCACGUCAGUAGAAUCAUAUUCUCAGUUGAUAAACAUGAUGACUGAACAAUUCAAUCCUCCAGAAGUUAAGAAAUUGAUCGCGUAUAGACAUAAAGAGAAAUUUGAUUUAAUAGUAGUGGAAGCACUCCCUUACAUGCAAACGAUUUACGCCCAUCUUUUCAAUGCCCCACUGAUCUUAUUCUCUUCAUUACAUGGUGUUCCAGACCAUUUUGAAGUCAUGGGUGCUGUCAGCCGUCAUCCUACUUUCUACCCUUAUGUAUACAGACAUAAGCAUAGUAAUUUAAAUUUCUUCGAUAAAAUACAAGCCGUUUAUGACGAAUUUAAGCUUCUACGAAGGAACUGGGCUAUGGACGAUAUAGAAACCGAACAUUUACAAAGGAUUUUUGGUAAAGAUGCCUUACCUAUUCAAGAAUUGAAGAAUCGUGCUGAGCUGCUGUUUUUGACUGGACAUGCGAUUAUAGGGAAUAACAGACCGGUCCCACCCAACGUUAUUUAUUUGGGUAGCGGUAUACAUUUGAAGCCGGUCAAGCCGCUGCCAGAGGAUUUGCAAGCAUAUUUGGACGAUUCGAAGCGUGGCGUCGUGUACGUCAGCCUUGGAACAAACGUGCCAACAUCCCUGAUGGAUGAGGAUCUUCUGAAUGCAUUCCUGACUGCCUUCGCGAGGUUACCGUACGACGUUCUGUGGAAAUUGGACGAGAAUAACAUCCCCGCCGAGAAGCUGUCAAAGAACAUAAAGAUUGGCAAAUGGUUCCCGCAGAGAGAUAUGUUAAUGCAUCCAAACAUCAAAGCAUUCGUGACGCAAGGCGGUGCUCAGUCGACCGACGAGGCAUUUAACGCCAAGGUACCGUUGGUCGGCAUUCCCAUGCUGGGAGAUCAGUGGUACAACACCAACAAAUACGUAGAACUAAGGGUUGGAGUAAAAAUGGAUUCAUUCACCAUGAAUGCUGAUGAUUUGUACAAUGGAAUCAUGAGGGCUGUCAAUGAUCCCAGUUUCAGAGAAAACCUCGCCAAGCUCAGAGAUGUACUAUAUGAUAGCCCACAAACAGCCCUGGAGAAAGCCGUGUGGUGGACAGAGUUCGUCCUACGUCACAAGGGAGCCAAACAUCUCAGAUCUCCUGGCGCUAAUAAGAUCUACACAGAGUAUUUUAUGAUCGACUUCAUUUUUUAUUUGGGAGUAAUGGCUGUGAUUGCAGUGGUUAUAGUUUUUGCUCUGCUUCGGUUGAUUGUGAAGAGAUUAAAAAUAAUAGGGAAGGAAAAGAAACAAUGACGAUGAAUGGUAGUAAAUAUUAGAUUAAUUAGUCGCUGCAUAUUAUGUUUGUAUAUAGUAGUUGUAGCUGUGUAAAUAAUUAAAUCUAAGUGAUACUUAAAAAACGUAUAUUGUGUGUCUCUUUUUAUAUAUCGAAAGUGCAAUUUUCCUAAUUAAAACAUGACUCAUGAAGUCCAUGAAGGGCCCGAUAUAACCGACCGUGUAGUUCUUCGCUCACAUUUCCCUGCGCACUCUGAUACCCAAUACCAGAGAUUAUUUGUAUCUAUUAUUAAUGUAUUCAUUUAUUUAUACACUUAUGACAUACCAGCUUUUGCUCGCGGUUUAACCCGCGUGGAGUUUUCCGGGAUAAAAGUCCCGCUAUAUAUUUUUCCGGGA